GGCUGGGGACGGUGGGGGUUGCCGCCGCUGCCAUCUUGGAUUCCGUGGUAGCGGUGGCGGCCGUAGGGUACCGCUUCUGGGGAGUGGCUCUUCCCUCACCCCCCGGUUCGGUGGCGGUGGCUCCUCCCUCUGGGGGGGGGUGCGACGGCGGUGGCAUCUAGGGCCAUGGCGGCGACUACUGCUAACCCGGAAAGGACAUCAGAUGUACCAUCCCUGGGGCCAGCCAUUGUCUCUGGAAACCCUGGGCCUGGAAUUCAAGGUGGAGGAGUCAUGGUCCAGAGGGCUCUUAAGCGACGACCAGGAUUGGAUUUUGAUGAUGAUGGAGAAGGGAACAGUAAAUUUUUGAGGUGUGAUGAUGACCAGAUGUCUAAUGAUAAGGAGCGGUUUGCCAGGUCGGAUGAUGAGCAGAGCUCUGCGGAUAAAGAGAGACUUGCCAGGGAAAAUCAUAGUGAAAUUGAACGGCGCCGACGGAACAAGAUGACAGCCUACAUCACAGAACUAUCAGACAUGGUACCCACCUGCAGUGCCCUGGCUCGGAAACCAGACAAGCUAACCAUUUUACGCAUGGCAGUCUCUCACAUGAAGUCCUUGCGAGGAACUGGCAACACAACUGCUGAUGGCAACUAUAAGCCAUCUUUCCUCACUGAUCAGGAACUGAAACAUUUGAUCUUGGAGGCAGCAGAUGGCUUUCUGUUUAUUGUCUCAUGUGAGACAGGCCGGGUGGUUUAUGUCUCUGACUCAAUGACGCCUGUUUUGAACCAGCCACAGUCUGAAUGGUUUGGUAGCACACUCUAUGAUCAGGUACACCCAGAUGAUGUGGACAAACUUCGUGAGCAGCUUUCCACUUCAGAAAAUGCCCUGACAGGACGUAUCCUUGAUCUGAAAACUGGAACAGUGAAAAAGGAAGGUCAGCAAUCUUCCAUGAGGAUGUGUAUGGGCUCAAGGAGAUCAUUUAUUUGCCGUAUGAGGUGUGGCAAUAGUUCUGUGGACCCAGUCUCUGUGAAUAGACUGAGCUUUGUGAGAAACAGAUGCAGGAAUGGACUUGGCUCUGUGAAGGAUGGGGAACCUCACUUUGUGGUGGUCCAUUGCACCGGCUAUAUCAAGGCCUGGCCCCCAGCAGGUGUCUCCCUCCCAGAUGAAGACCCAGAGGCUAGCCAGGGGAGCAAGUUCUGCCUAGUGGCCAUUGGCAGAUUGCAGGUAACUAGUUCUCCCAACUGUACAGACAUAAGUAAUGUUUGUCAACCAACAGAGUUCAUUUCUCGACACAACAUUGAGGGAAUCUUCACUUUUGUGGAUCACCGCUGUGUCGCUACUGUUGGCUACCAACCACAGGAACUCUUAGGAAAAAAUAUUGUAGAAUUCUGUCAUCCUGAAGACCAGCAGCUUCUAAGAGACAGCUUCCAACAGGUGGUGAAAUUAAAAGGCCAGGUGCUGUCUGUCAUGUUCCGAUUCCGGUCUAAGAACCGAGAAUGGCUCUGGAUGAGAACCAGCUCCUUUACUUUCCAGAACCCUUACUCAGAUGAAAUUGAGUACAUCAUCUGUACCAACACCAAUGUGAAGAACUCCAGCCAGGAACCACGGCCUGCUCUGCCUAGCACACUUCAGAGGCCACAGCUGGGUCCCACGGCUAACUUAACCCUGGAGAUGGGCUCAGGACAGCUGGCACCCCGGCAGCAGCAGCAAACGGAACUGGACAUGGCAUCGGGACGAGAUGGACUGGCUGGUUACGGUCAUUCCCAGGUUUCCAUUCAGCCUGUGACAACCACAGGGCCAGAACACAGCAAGCCUCUCGAGAAGUCAGAUGGUCUGUUUGCCCAGGAUAGAGAUCCAAGAUUUUCAGAAAUCUACUCUAGCAUCAAUGCAGAUCAGAGUAAAGGCAUCUCUUCCAGCACUGUCCCUGCCACCCAACAGCUAUUCUCCCAGGGCAACACAUUCCCUCCUACCCCCCGGCCGGCAGAGAAUUUCAGAAAUAGUGGUCUGGCCCCUCCUGUAACCGUCAUCCAGCCAUCAGCUUCUGCAGGGCAGAUGUUGGCCCAGAUUUCCCACCACUCCAACCCCACACAGGGAGCAGCCCCAACGUGGACCCCUAGUACCCGCCCAGGUUUCUCUGCCCAGCAGGUGGCUACCCAGGCUACAGCCAAGACUCGAUCUUCCCAAUUUGGUGUGGGCAACUUUCAGACUCCGUCCUCCUUCAGUCCCAUGUCCCUCCCUGGUGCUCCCACUGCUUCACCUGGUACUGCUGCCUAUCCUUCUCUCACCAAUCGUGGAUCCAAUUUCACUUCUGAGACUGGGCAGACUACAGGACAAUUCCAGACACGGACAGCAGAGGGUGUAGGUGUCUGGCCACAGUGGCAGGGCCAGCAGCCUCAUCAUCGUUCAAGUUCUAAUGAGCAACACGUUCAACAGCCAUCAGCACAGCAACCUGGCCAGCCUGAAGUCUUUCAGGAGAUGCUGUCUAUGCUAGGAGACCAGAGCAACAGCUACAACAAUGAAGAAUUUCCUGAUCUAACUAUGUUUCCCUCCUUUUCAGAAUAGAACAAUUGGGGUGAGGAUGAGGGGUGGGGGGAGAAAACAAAUCACCAUUUGUUUUAAAAAAGCAAAUCUUUCUGUAAACAGAAUAAAAGUUCCUCUCCCUUCCCUUCCCUCACCCCUAAUGUGUACCCACUUUUCCCUCUUGGCCUUUCCCUUGCCCUCCUGCCUCUGAGAAAGCAUUUAUUGAAGAAAUGGAGUGAAUCUGGAAGGCUUUGGGGAGCCUUUGAAAACAGAGGCUGGAUAAAGUUAAGAAUGCCUUUCCUUAUGUCACCUGACCAGAAACCUGUGCGGAGAUUAUUUGUGCCAGGGUCAAGGGGCAGGUUAGAGAACCUGGUAUCCACCAGCUUUGGAUACCGUGGCUUGUUUUUGCAAAGAAAUUCUAAAUAGGGUGGGGGAGAGGAGAAAUGCCCUCAUAUUUGAGGACCAUGAAACAUGGUGGGUAUAUAUGGGGCUUUAGGAAAUGAGCACAGGCUCUUUCUGCUGCCUGUGAGCAAGCAAUUCCUCUUGAAAGAAACAUGAGUGAAGUACAGUGAGAGAGAGAGAGAGAGAGUGUGCGUGUGUGUGUGUGUGUGUGUGUGUGCGUGUGUACGCACAUGUGUUUCUGUGCUUGUUUCUUUCUCCCUAUCAGGGUCUUAUGCAAAAUUUGUCCCAGAUUUUAUCUUUGUCUUUUUCUAUGUUUUUCACAGAGUCCUAAGGAGUUAAAUCUUCCAGGUAUUUUCCACUUAGUAUUGCAGCCAAAGGGUAUUCAAAUAAAUGUCUUUGCUGCACUUACAUCUGUGCCCAGCCAAUAGCAGCUAUAAGCAAAUAUAUAAAGUCUUCUAUUGAUAUGAUCUCUCAUCAAACAUACUUGGUGAUAAAGCUGGGUCAUUACUGCUUUUGGUGCUCUCACCUUAUAUGGAAUAUCUGCAAACAUUGAAGAUGUUCAGGCGGUUAGCAAGACAAAUACUUGUAAAAAACCCAUGCUGGCCAUAAGGAUAAUGCUGCAUUUUUCUGUCAGAAUCACAUCUGAUGUGUGUUUUCUAGAGGUUAUUUCUGCAUGGAAAUUCAACUUCUUGGAUUAGCAGUCCCAGUGAAAAUCUCACUGCUGGAAUUUAAACCAAAUACCAAGCCUUCUUGCAAAGUAGCCUCUUUCAUCCAUUCUCAAAGUAUGGUUGGAACUGGGUCUGUCUUCUGGGCCCGUUGUUCUUUUUCUGUUUGCUCCCUCUUCAAUCUUGAGAUUGGAAUUUGCUUUAGAGGACAAGUGUAAUAAAUCUAUGUGAUAGAUGGGGCGUGGACUCCCAUCCAACAGGGUCACAUAAUUGUUAACUAUAGCCAUGUAAAUGUGGAUACAGGUUACUAUUUUCAUUCUUUUCCUUCCUCAGGUAACAGUCAUGUGUAUCAACUUUUUUUUUUUUUUGUAAUUGGCUCAGGCCAGUAUCUUAAGUGCAAGAAUGAAUUAAUAAGGAGAAAACAUACUAAAUGUAGCCAUAGGAGACAGGAGCACAAAUGGCCUUGGAGAGGUUGACAGAAUGCCAUUAUUGGAUUUCCUUCGUUUUUGUCUCCAGUUUGAUAUGUGGUAGUGAAGUGGGAGACAGUUUAUUUUUUUAUUCUAUGUGCACACAUACAGUAUACAUAUAUAUAUUUAUAUCACAAUUUAAGAAACCAAAAAGUUGAGUUUCUAAUGGAAUCUUUGUUUUUUAAUAAUCAGCUGUUUUUAAAUGUGAUCAGGACUAUAAUAUUGUAUAGUUAUUGUAGGGCUUUUGGGGGAGGGGAGGGAGAAGAUGCUCUGGGGAUUUUGUUUCUGCUUUUCUUUCAGGGUUUUGCUUUGGAUUGUUUUGUUUUUGUGUUGGCCAUUUCUGUACUGCUGGCAUCUGUGUUGAGCCUUACAGUGGCAAAAAUAUGAUAUGUAGCAAAGAUUGUAAAACAAAAUAUUUCUUCUUUUUGUAAACUUUUGUGUGAUCUUGA